AUGGCUAUCGUAGAUACUUUCGACAGAGCGCAGGACGCGACGGCCGCCUUCUACAAUCCUUGCAUCCUGGACGCACUACAUCUAUCCUUUACCACCCACUCCUUGUGGCACUACGUCGUUCGGAACUUCGCGGACGUCCUUGCGCUCCUACAUCCCGUUUGGAGCCUGGGAGCGCAAUGCAUGGUCACGGCUAUCAGUGACUUAAUCAUACGAUUUCUUUUCACGCGACGUAUUUGGAAAUUAAGCCAAGGGAAUGUAUGGUUGGCCGGCCUAAUUACUCCGCUUACUCUGUUGGCAUUCGGAACAGCGUUCGCGUUCGGGCUGAGAGGUCUAUCGUUGCCCUCGUUCACAGAUGUGCCCGGUAUUAAGGCAAGCUGGUUGCUCAUCUUGGGGCUGUCAUGUUCCGUGGCCAUAGAUGUAAUUCUGGCCGCAUCCUUGUGCUGGCUACUUUACGGGAACAAGAGCGGUUUCUCAAAGACGGACGGCUUGAUAAACCUCCUGAUUGUUUAUGGUAUCAGUACUGGCGCAAUCACGGGCGUCUGUGCAAUUCUUGUGCUGAUUACCUACGUCACCAUGCCUGAUAACUUCAUAUGGAUUGCCUUCUUUUUCAUCCUUGGAAAGCUCUUCCUCAACAGCCUCCUAGUCUCAUUAAACGCAAGAACUGCGCUGAAAGAGCGGACCGCGCUUCCAAUGUCAUCGCUCUCCAAGAAGUCCGUGCGCAAAAGCGAGCAUCGGCACGGGAACCCCGUCGAUUCGCGACUUGCCGUCCGCAUCGAUACUACCUCACAGACAUUCGUUGACGACAAGCAUGAUAGUUUUCCACAACCCCUGGGAUACACAAGCUAG